GGCGGUAACAGAAUGGCAUAUCUGGCGUUUCUGAUGCUCGCUGCAUUCCUCAGCAACACUGCUGCCGCUCCGGCCCAGAAUACACCAGCCACAACGAACUCAGCACUUGGAAUCGAUGUCUCACCGAGUGCAGAACUGCCACAGACCAGCGGACAUGACCAGCACGCUGUAAACAGAGAGGAAGACGACGCCUAUUUUUACACCUACGACGGCAAUGACACGGACGCAGCGGCACCGACCGGCGUGGAAGACGAGUACGCUGCCGGCGGCGACGACAUGGAUACCGCGGCGUCCAUGGCGUUCCGGCCGCUGUUCCGCUACCGGGCGCAGCAGAGGAACCGCCGGCGGAUGCGCGCCGAGCGCCGCUACCGCAGCAGCAGGAACCACUGGUGAUGCGCCGCCUUAGGACCGAGCCGACAGCAUCGUCUAUUGGCGAGCCGUGCCGUCAGCGUAACACGUCCAGGAACCAGCGUACACGAGGUCGCUGUAUUGUACCUGCACCACUCCACAUUUGUCAAUAUCUCUUCAUCGAGUUCCUUUCUUGCCAAUAAAGGGCUUUCACAUAGUUACAGGUUUAAAUUACCUCCGGGGAAUUCAGGAGACGACUGCCUGAAAACUACAACACACAGUGAAAGAUACAGGUUUCAGUGGAUACAGCAUCUCUCCAAGUUUUGAUUCGUGAUACGACCUGCAGAGUAGUCGCAAAGCGCAACACUAGCAGGCAAACGUGUCAGAAUAUGAAGGCCAGUGGUCCUCAAACUUUUGUGCUCAAGAGUGCUGACAUCGUGCGGCGUCACUUCGGGUCGUAAAUGUAACGAGCUUGUUAUUAAUUGGUAACCUAGAUAAAUUACUGUGUUAUGAAUCUCCGAUGGACGAGUUAAGGAUGGACACGAUGAGAUUGGCGCCCACCCCCAAAGUACUGAUCGGUAAAAGUCGCCACCAUUCGGAACACUUCGUGUGGCCUGUGCUCUGUUCCAGAUUGCUGCCACCUUAGCGACUCGAAAAUUGAGACACUAUAAUUACCGGACGAAGUAUUGCUGUUUUGUCUGUAUGUAUGGACGAUUAACUGAUUAAUAACAGUAAUUGUAUUUAUACUUAAAUGAAUUAUGCAAUAUGAGACAAGAUCACCCAUGUUUGCUACAUGUUUUGAAUGUCAUUUUUCUGUUACCCAUUGUAUUGCAUGACAAAAUCCUUAAUUUAAUUCCAUAUUCCUUGCUACAGACGUGUACCGCUUUUUCUGAGGAUAGUCUGUAACGUACAGUCAUGACAUGUUACUUUCGUUUGAGUCGUCAGUAAUGGAAGAGAAACAAAACAUUAACUCCUCAUAUCAUGUAACUCCGGAAGAACGAAGCUACUUACCCCUCAGCCCCUGUGGUAAGAGGUCAACUUAGCCGAAUUCAUCAGCGUCAAUUUAAAUGAAACAUCUCUUAAAACAUUAUUGUCUCUGUAAGUAGAUUUAUAUGUUACUCACGAGGGAAACUAUACUCUUCAGAAGCUCUUAACGUUAAUUGACGUUUUUGGAUUCAGGUGUUAGUUGCUAUAUGCAUACGAGUAUUUCGUAAAACACGGCUGAGAGCCGCGGUUCGCACGAAUACUUGAUUGUGGCCGCAGCUUGAUGACCAAAGAUGUAGACAAAUCUGCUGCUUCGUAGCGUCGCAUUGAUUUAGCUCGCUCCUGCAGGUAGGCAGACUAGUGAGCAGAUCUCCAAAGCGGGUUGCUGGCGUUGUGCCUCCCCAGGCAGCAGCGAUUGUGAGUUCAGUGAAUUGCACGUACGUGCUCUUGCGCCUGUUUUGACGUUUUCUGCGUCACAAACAAUGCUCAUACUGAACAUCUGCAACGUGACGUAAAAGCUUGGAAAGAUCCUCCAUCCACUUAUACGUCUGUUUUGUGUAUGUGUUGUAGUAUUCGUCCAGUCGUCCUCUGCAACCCAGUGGGCAUCAUGAAUAUCCCUGCAUUUACAGAUGCAUGGUUCCUUUGUCUCAAGUGAAAUGGUGUGAUCACCAUAUGCACGCUAUAAAUACUUUGAAUUCCACCCUCACUGUUUUUCUUACUGCUGCGUUAUGAACAAUGCUACAUGAUAACCACCAAACAACACUAGAAGAGUUCUUCUAUGUAUCCCCUAAGACUGGUGAACUUCGUACUUGAAGGCAAGUCUAUGAAAUUGAAGACGAAAGGGAAAAUUGGCCAAUAGUACCACCACCGCAUUGCGACUUAAUAACAACUGUCAUUAGUAAUUUAGUACGUGCUUCGGCAAAACUUUUGUAUUGAUUUAUUUUAUAAUGAACCUACUUUUAUAUUGUGUGAUAUACUCACCGCUGAAGUAGUUUCAGUAAUUGGAAGAGCUGAAAACAACUUUGAGUGUAACUGAUUUAAAAAAAGUGUUGGUUGUAUUCGACACCACUGCAUUGUAUCUUAGUAAUAAUAAUUUACAUGCUUUAACAGACCAUUUGUAAGGAUUUUGUUGAA